UUUAUUGUAGGCUAUUCUUUUACCGGAGAUAGCAAUGGGUAUGAUUACAGUAACGCCGUUACUAAUAAUGCAUACUUACGAUCUAAGAAUAGCUAUCAAAAUGAUGGAAACUUUUACGGUGCUGGAGACGACAGUCACAAAUUAUCCGAUGUCAGCAGUUCUUCAUUAAUCAAUGUCGGUAAUCAGGGUAGUGUAGGAGGCGACAUUGGAAACAAUUACAACGGAUAUGCCGCAAAUAAUCACAGAGAUGAAUACGCAGGAUAUUCCAAUACUUACGAGAAUUCCGAUAGCGAUUCUUACACUUCGCCUAUUCGUGCAGCAACUAAUACAUUGUUCAGUGGAUAUUCUAAUUCUAACAACAAUGCGGAUUCAACUUUUAAUGCGUAUUCAAGCGGUCCAGUUUACAAAGAUUCUGAUUUUAGCCAAUACGCGGCUAGUAGCAGCAGUAGUAGUAAUAAAAGAGUGCCUACUUAUUCUGAAUAUUCCAGACCAGCUGUAGAAAAUUAUUCCGGAAACAUUAAUAGCGAUGUACAAGGAUAUCGCGGUUCGUCUAGCUCUUUAAGUUACUCUGAAAGUGAUCACGCUUAUCCCCCUUAUUUGCCAGGUGGUCUGACUAGCGAAUACUCGUUUGGAAAGCAGAAAGACGUUCCGUACAAUCUGAAAGGCAGUAACAAGUACAGUGAUAUCUAUUCGAUACCAUCCGAGAUGCGCUUCACACGGGGAAAUGGGGGACACGUUAGCCAUAAUUACGAUGUUUCACCGUAUAUAUCAGGUUCUAGGCCGAACAGUCACUUCUCGAAGGCACACAGUUCUGGUAUUUAUUCCACGGGAAAACCGAAUAAAUAUAGUUACAAGUACUUGUCUCGUUACGCUCCGAAUAGCGGUGCAAGUUACUCGGCGAGGGAACGCGAUGGUUAUUACGUUCCUUACGGUAAAGAUAGUAGAAAAAUUAUUGUAAUUAAAGAUAGCAGGCCGAAUUACACACACACCGGUCGUAUUUACUCCAAUGAGCCGGGUUACGCCGGUAGCAACGGUGGUUACAGAAGUAAGAGUGGCGCUUUUAUGAAUGGUUAUUCCACUUCGUCGAAUUUUGAUGCAUAUAGUGGCAGUAGUAAUUAUAAUGACAAUCCCACUGUGUCAAGACGAUAUAGAAUCAGCGGUAGUCCAAUGCUUGUGAAAAGGGCUAUUUCUGCUUAAUAUUUUUGUAAGAUAAUAUUUAAAAAGUAUAAUGUAUG